AUAAUGCACAGACAUUAUUACAAGCCAUGCUUUAUAAAGUGAGUCUGCUGGACAGGCUGUGCACUCAUUGCAGAAACUCACUCCAGUUAGAAACAUGACAUUCAACGGCACCUGGAAAGUUAACAGUAAUGACAACUAUGACAAGUUUAUGGAACAGAUGGUUAUCAAUUUGGUGAAGAGGAAGCUGGCAGCCCAUGACAACUUGAAAGUCACCAUUGCACAAAAUGGAGACACGUUCACAGUCAAUGAGUCCAGUGCCUUCCGCACUGUGGAAAUCGUAUUCACCCUCGGAGUUGCUUUCGAAUACAGCCUAGCUGAUGGAACUGAGCUCAGUGGCACGUGGACCAUGGAUGGAGAUAAGUUAGCUGGAAAAUUCAUCAGAAAAGACAAUGGCAAGGAACUCCUCACUGUCCGAGAAAUCAUUGCUGGCGAGCUUGUCCAGAGCUACCAUUAUGAUGGAGUUGAUGCCAAAAGAGUUUUCAAAAGGGUUUAGAGACCUGUUUUUUCAACAAAGAGAAUAAUGAAGAGAGAAACCAGCUGGCUUAUUCCAAAUUGCACCUUCAGUAUGAAAUAUAUCAACGAAAUAGCUUGUGAAAAAAAAGGUACCCUAUAUGAACAUGCUGUUUUUAUUCAGUAACAUUUGCAAUGUAUUGCUUAAACGGU